AUGUUAGUCGGUGGUGCUGGUAGUGGUAAAACUGUUAUUGUUAAUGAUAAAUUACACUCAUUAAAUAAUGAAUUAUGGACAAUUGUUAAUGUACCAUUUAACUAUUAUACAUCAUCAGAAAUGCUUCAAUCAAUAUUAGAAAAACCACUUGAACUUGAUUUUUAUUCUGUAGAUGAUAUGAAUAUGCCUGGAAUCGAUAAAUAUUAUACUGUUCAAGCAUAUACUGUUCUUCGUCAAUAUCUUGAUAAUAAACAUUGCUAUUAUCGACAAAAAUUAACAUUACGUGAUAUACAUAAUUGUCAAUAUGUUGCAUGUAUGAAUCCAACAGCAAGAAAUUUUACAAUUGAUUCACGUAUUCAAAGAUAUUUUGCUGUUUUUGCUGUUUCAUUUCCUGGACAAGAUUCAUUACGAACAAUUUAUAAUAGUAUAUUAUCUCAACAUUUACCUGCAUCGCCAAAUGCACUAUUUACACAAGCUGUACAUCAACGUGUUUCAGCAACAUUUCUACCAACAGCUAUUAAAUUUCAUUAUAUAUUUAACUUAAGAGAUCUUUCAAAUAUUUUUCAAAGUAUUCUAUUUGCUACUGGUGAAUGUGUUAAAACAACAAAAGAUCUUGUUCGUCUUUAUGUUCAUGAAGCUGAACGUGUCUAUGACGAUGAAUAA